UAAUUGUAAGUUGUGUUUGUAAACAAAUAGAAGUUUCAUCGGUUACAAUGCUUCGAUCUGAAUAUCGUUUUUUAAAGUAAUUUUCUGAUGAAAUAUUGAGUUUGAAUCUAAAAAUAUUGACAUUUAUUUGAAUGUUAAUUGUUUAGUUCUUAUUUAAACCAUUUUAUAUUUUUUUAAAAUUUUUAUUUUAAUGGCUAAACGGCGGAAGAAUGAUCCAAGGGAAAGAUUUUCUUAUUUGAGAGAGCUGGUUACUGAAUUUCAAGAUACUUCUUCUGAUGGUAUAAUUUACGCAUUUAUCUGCGCCUUUCUUAAUCAUGCAAAGGAACAAGUUUUAGCCAACCUAGCAAAUUUUGCUUAUGAUCCAGAAAACUAUAUUCAUUUUAAUGAAUUGAAUAUUGUUGAUUUGUUCUUAGAUCAACUUUGUUGUAAUAAUGACACCUUAGUUGAAUUUGCAGUUGGUGGAAUCUGUAAUCUUGCUUUAGACAAAAACUUCAAACAGCUCAUACACAAAAGAGGUGGGGUAUCUAAAGUAAUAACAUGUUUGUCUCAUAAAAAUGAAGAAACUGUGAUGUCUGCAACUACUGCUCUGAUGUAUUUAGUCUGUCCAGAAAGCAAAGCAGAUAUUGUAACUGCUCCAGUGAUAGACUUUAUGCUAAGGUGUAAAGGCAGCUCAAAUCCAAGGCUUGCAAAUUUAGCCUCUGUGUUCCUCCAAGAUUAUUGUAAAUAUGAAGAAAUACAAAAUGCUAAAAAUUUAGCAUCCACUUAUCAGGAGCAAUCUUCUGUAUUGUGACAUAAAGGCUUAAUUCAAGAGAUCAAAGAGAACUCAUUACAAGACAAGAUAAUUGUUUUUAUUUACAAUAUAUAUAUAUAUCCUUGUAAAAAUUUCAGAGAAUACAUUUUUACAAAAGUUAUGAUUGACCUUUGUUUAGGAAUGGUAAUGAGAUGAUUGUUAACAUGUGUGGUUGUUGGGCAUUGCUGCUUUCAGUUCGGGUCUUGUAUAUAAUGAAUCUGUACAGUAACUUCUUCAUUGGCAUGCAAUGAAACAUUUUCAAUAAAACACUUUGUUUUAUCCAUAA